AUGACUACCCUGCUUGUUAUUUUGUUGUUUCGCAUUCAAGUUUUGCGAGUGUUUGCUCCAUAUAAUCCGUGCAAGCCAGCCUUUCUUGGCUAUAGCUAUGUGUAUAAUCGGGUGAGAGCGAUCCCCACGGCGCCUGGGUGCUCUUUUGCUCGGUUUGGCCCAUUAAUCAAGCGCGGCGGUACCGCUUGUUCAACUUGGUGGUGUCGUGACCCAGAAUGCAUGCAAUGCAUGCAAGGAUGCUACCCUUCUCUGGUGGACAAGAAGGAGUUCCCUGGGGUUCUCCAACCAUCACCAAAUGUUGAAUGUUUGCGGGCGAGCACAUGUCUGACGGUGACGACAGUCGACAAAUUCUUCGUGACCGCUAUAUGUACAAAUUAUAGUCAAAAUCUAAUUAUUGAUCAGCUUCAGCAGGUUUGCAUGGCGAUAUAG